AUGGAGGAGAAGGAGCUUAUCUUUUAUGGUCCUUUUUUUGGUGCACUAUUGAGGGUCAGAGACAGAAUUUCCCGGCUAGCUGACGGAGAGGAACUGAUUCAAUGGGAAGGGUCGAAUGAUGCAUCAAGAAGUAGGCUACGUCCUGUACCUUCACUUGAGUAUCUUUCCUUGCAAGCUCUUGCACAAAAUGCUGGGCAUAUAAUGUCACUUGGAUAUGCUCCUGAUUCCCUCGGAAGAAGACUCGGUUACAUGAUCUGCAAUCUCCGGAAAAUGGAUAUUCGCAUUUUUGAACUUUUUGUUGGGACAUACCAAAGAGAGAUACGUGUAAAGGACUGUUCUCUGUUGACAGGGGACCAGGUUUUGAAGACUCUUAGGAAUCUCAAUGAUCCAAAAAGUUUGAAAGUAAAAAACUUAAACUUGUCCAACUUCUUCCUUUUGAUACAUGUAGAACUGAUGUCUGGCGAAGUGCUUCAACUUGAACAAUGCACGCAAUUUGCAGCUGAUACGGUAAUAAAGAAAGCUUUAGCUUGGUAUUCAAAUAGCUUGCCCAGUCUUCGUGUCAUAUCUCUAGAAGGAGCAUGUCAAUUAUCCCCUACUGGGCUAAAAGCACUUGUCAUGUCAGCACCUGCACUAAGCUCUGUAAAUUUGAGCCAUUGCGCCCUUCUAACCAACGUUGGUAUCAAAAUUUUGGCCAAUUCUUUAAAAUCAACACUGAGGGAGCUCAACAUCAGCUACUGCCCAAAAAUAGAUGCAAUGGAUGUGCAUCUUUCAUUGAUGGAGUUGGAGCAUUUGGAAGCGUUGUCAGUUGCUGGAAUUUACGCAGUCUGCGACAGAUUUGUUAGUUACAUAUUAUGUGCACUUGGGCAUAACAUAAAGAAGCUUGAUUUUGCUGAUUGUCCGAGUUUGACCAAGUAUGCUCUCCAACACAUUGCGCAUUACAGCAGGGGCUUACUGUCAUUAAACCUAUCAAACUUGGUUGGACUGCCAAAUAUGGGAUUGGAAUAUCUUGGUGAUGGUUGUAGACGAAUUGAAACACUUAAACUUUGCGCCAAUAGAUUCAGUGAUGACACAAUUGCUGCAUUUUUGGAAGCUUCUGGACAGUCUUUGAAGGAACUUUCUCUCAACCAUGUUAAGGAGGUUGGCUCCCAAACUGCCUAUUCCAUUGCCAAAUAUUCAACAAAUUUGUUGAGUUUGGAUUUAUCUGGGUGCAAGAAAAUAACAGAUCAGGCACUGGGAUUGAUUGUUGACAGUUGCAAGUCACUGAAGCUGUUGAAACUCUUCUGCUGUACGCAGAUAACAGAUGUAUUUCUCAAUCGCCACACAAACCCCAUGGUGCAUAUCGUUGGGUUGCAGUCGACAUCAUCACAGGAUAUCGUGAGCCACUUCGAGUCUUCAGAAGACUUUUUGGAGUAUUCGCCUCUCAAAUUUUUAUCUGAUGACACAGACAGAAAAAACUCUGGUUCUUCCGAACCAGUUCUGAAGAAGAGAAGACUGAGUUUUCAAUGA